CCAAAAACAUUGUGGAUUGAGCAGUAUAUUUGUUGAACUGUCAAUAAUUUGGUUAUUAAUCUUCUAAUUGUGACUUCGCAUUGUUUUCAUUAGUUUUUCCUCUCAUUUCAUAUUUUCUAUCUAUUCCAUAAUGGCUGUUGCUUGUGCUUCUCGUUUUGCAGUAUUAAAUAUAGAGGAUGAUGACGUUCCUGACUCCGUAACUAAGAAAUCGGGUAAUAUUCAGAACAAUGGUCAGUCUGGAAAAUCCAAAUUAACUGCAAAGUCUACAGUGACUGAAACAAAAUCUAAACCGAAGAAAAAAAAGAAGAACACUAGUGAAAUAGCUGAACUUCAAAAUUUAGCAUUUGCUAAUAGUAAUACCAAGAGUAAAAGUAAAUCUUCUAACUCCAAGAUAGUUCAAGCUGGUCAGAAACAAUGGGAAGAGUGGAAGUCAAAAGAUAAUGAAUUUGUAGCAGAAGCUUAUGAACAAGAUCUGCAUGAAGCCUUACUGCUCAGUAAAAUUGAUUUUGAAGAAAAGAAAGAAAUUUAUGAUGCCAUUCAGAAAGAAACUGAACAUAGCAAACAAAGUGCCAAAAAGAAGAAGAAAAAUAGUCAGAAAAAAGAAAAGGGUACAAUGAGUCUAGAUCAAUUCCAAAAUUUACUACCUUCUCAGAUAAAUUCAGGGGCCUUUCAGCGAGGAAAUGCUGACCUUGAUGAUUUUGAGUUGCCCGUUAAAGUUCCUGAAGAGGAAACGAAUUUUUUCAACAAAAUAGAAGAAGCAGCAGAGAAGAUAAUUACAAAAGAACAGAAACAGGAUUAUUAUAAGUCUAUUGAUCCUGUUUUAGAAUCUGCAAGAUUACUGCAAUAUCAAGAAGAGAUACGUAAUAAAGAUGAAGAAAUAUUAAAAUUGACAGAAAGUGUUAAAAAACUAAAAGAAGAGCUAAAAAAUGUUAAAUCAAGGAACAAAAAACUGUAUGGGAUAUUAGAAACUGGAGAAAUGCGAGAAAAAGCUGAAAUUCUUGUUCAGAUUGAACAACUUUUAUCUGUUAAAGAUGAAUUAACUGAUCAGCUAAAUGAAUAUCAUACAGCCUUGGAGCAAGAAAGGUCCAAAGUUCAUUCAUUACAGACAGAGCUGAAAAAAUUUCAGAACAAUAGAAAGCAAAGAACUGAAUCGAAAUAAAGAUGUUGCCAAUGAUGUUGCAUGUGAUACAAGAAACUGGCAUGUUGGAUAUAUAUAUUUAUGUUGUAAAGUUUUACCAGUGAAGGAAAGGAAAAGUUAUUGGGUUGCUUUUUGGGUGUCAUCAAAGAUGGUGCAUUUAUUUGAAAAUAAUCUUUCUUUUGUAUAUAUAUUUUUUAUAUGUUGAAUUAUUUUAUGUAAAAAAAUUUUUUAUCAAAAUAUUUUGGUCAUUUGGACAUGUGUAUUAAAAAUUAAAUAUCUUUUCAAAACCAUUUUCAUAUGCUGAUAUUUAGUUUGUUUUAAUACAUAGGUAUUUAUCAUUGAUCAAAAAAAAACUUUAUGAAAUCUAAUGCUUUAGUUGAAGUAAUACUCAGCAAGUACUUUUGCAAAAUUCAAUAUUUUACUUAAGAGACUUUUGGUGAAGCACCUUUUCUGAAAGAUUGUUUGCAGCUAUGCUAUUUUAAAGCAUUUCAUGUAACAUUUGCU